UGGUAAGAAACGUGCGGUCACUGGCCUGGGUUUGCCCUGGGAGAGAAAGUGGAAGGGCACCUGAUAACAAGAGAACCUUCCAGUGCUCACCAGGGCCUGCACACGAUCCCUGAUGUUUGGAAAGGGUGAUAUCUGAGGGCUGGAUGAUAACACCUCCUAGGUACUUUCCUUGGACUAAUUACCCACAAUUCCUUUGACCUCUAAAAGAGACUAUAAAAAUCCAAAGAAAGGGAUUUUCUUUUCUCAAUCUGAGUUACAAGUAGACUCUCCCAUUCUUCAGGAGGAGAGAAGCUUCUGAAAUAAGGGAUAAUGGCAGCUUUACAAGAAAAAAAGACUUGCAGCCAGAGGAUGGAAGAAUUCCGGCACUACUGCUGGAACCCGGACACCGGGCAGAUGCUAGGACGGACUCUAUCUAGGUGGGUGUGGAUUAGCCUCUAUUACGUGGGUUUCUACGUGGUGAUGACAGGGCUCUUUGCGCUGUGCAUUUACACGUUGAUGCGGACCAUCGACCCGUACACACCAGACUACCAGGAUCAAUUAAAAUCACCAGGGGUAACCUUAAGGCCAGAUGUUUAUGGAGAGAAAGGUCUGCAAAUUUUCUACAAUGUUUCUGAUAAUAAAACCUGGACAGACCUAACAAAUAUGCUUCACAAGUUCCUGGCAGCCUAUUCUCCAGCAGCUCAGAAGGCCAAUAUAAACUGCCCUUUGGAGAGGUACUAUUUCCAGGAAAGUUUCGACGCUCCUAACCACACCAAGUACUCCUGCAAGUUCCCGGUAGAUACACUGCAAAACUGCUCCGGCCUGAUAGAUCCUAACUUUGGAUUUGAAGAAGGAAAGCCCUGUUUUAUUAUUAAAAUGAACAGGAUUGUCAACUUCCUCCCCAGCAACAGCACUGCUCCCAGAGUGGACUGCACGUUCCCGGACACCCCACCCCUGGAGGUUGAGUACUACCCACCCAACGGCACCUUCAGCCUACACUACUUCCCUUACUAUGGGAAAAAAGCUCAGCCCCAAUAUAGAAACCCUCUGGUUGCAGCAAAAUUUCUCAACAUCCCCAAGAACACAGAAGUUGUCAUCGUGUGCAAAAUCAUCGCAGAAUACGUUACCUUCGACAAUCCCCAUGACCCGUAUGAAGGAAAAGUGGAAUUCAAACUUAAAAUUCAGAAGUAAACUAGCAAGAGUAGGCAUACUAUAAUUCCGGUAAGACUCAAGAAGACGGGUCAUACCCUGCAGCCUAACUUACAAACCAUCACCUUCUUGGUUGAUCUUAAUGUACCUGGUUCCUUACCAAAUCACCUGGAAAAAAUUUUAGAAUGCCAAUCCUAAAGUCAAUUUGGUAGCUCCAGAGAGGCUUUUAGGUGUAAAGUACUUACGGUUAGUAUCGGCUGUUUCUCAUUAAAUCUUUAUUCUUAUUUCUUUAGAUAGAAUUUGCAGCUACAAUAAAAAUGCUGGGCUAACAUGGUAACCAUAAGGCAGAAACUAUCCAGUUAAUGGGCUAUGAAGCUGAUUCAUCUCUAUUUAGAAGUCACUUUUCUUACUACCAUUUAUUUUUUUCUAUAUUGUACUGUGAACCACUGUCAUAUUCAUAUGAAAACUACUAAUACACUAUGUAAAACCUGACUUAUGAUCAUGUAUAUUCUGAAUCCUUGCUUUGAAGAAUGCAGUUCCUAAAUUGUAAAAACAUUAAAAUUACUCUUAUUCUACACACACACAAAAAGUCAUGUCUUUUCUGAUAUGGAGACAGAACUAACUAGAAAUUAAACACUUCCCUUAAAAAGCUUCUUUUUAAAGUUUCCGUCACAGGAC